AUGGAAUGGGCAACCCAGUACGGCUUACAAGGGACGGCUCAGGCGGUAAUGGAUGUUACCCCGGAUCUUUGCCAAGUUCGCCAUGCUGGAGACGCGAUUCGACAUCGACACUAUGAACUUGCCGAGAAACUCUUACAAUGGGAGAAGAUUAAUACCGAGGUCAGGUCCGGUGUAUCACAACACAGCCCUAUCUUUGCUGCCGUCGCUAUGAAUCAUGCCUCACUCAUCGAAAGAAUUACGGAGCUUCAAGGUAUGAAGCCGGAAGUAUCUGACUAUGAUGGGAAGACGGUACUUCACCACGCUUGUGAGAAUGGGCAUUUGGAACUUGUAUACCGGUUUCUGAAGGGGGGCGCCGACCCCAUGUUGAAAAGCGACAUAGGUCGCAACAACCUUACAGCCUUAGACAUGGCCAUUUCUCACGACUCCGCAUCGGCUCGCGUCGCCAUGGUUAAGGCGAUUCUCUCGCGGAAGCCCGCCUUGACGGAGCCUCAUGCUUACAUGCGCAGAAUCGCAAAGUAUGACCGUCUGGACGUGUUAAAUAUCUUCAUUGAACAGGGGAGGUUUGUUGAGCGGUCAUCUGAGAAUUGGCGAAUGACACUUCGCACCAUGUUAUCUUCAAUGGCCAUCGAUACCUUUCCGAAAAUUCUCGAACUUUGCCCCGAGGAGCAUUUUACAGAUGAUCUGAUUGCAAAUCUGCUGAAAAAUGCCUGCUAUCCUAACAGGGAGAAGAAUACAAGGAAGACAAGAUGCAUCAAACUGAAAAUCUCGAAGCUGUUAAUGGAGCAUGUUCGCACACUUCGGGACGGAGACCUAUCUUCUUUGAUAUACGAGACACUCAAAGAGUCUAUCAUCAAAUCUAUCAAAGAUGAUAACGUUCCCAUGGCGAACUACAUUCUCAGCUUUACCGGGCUUCUCGAAACUGAACAACUUCCUUCGGACUAUUUUCUUCAGGCAACUCAUUAUUACAACCCUCAAAGCUCCGAGAUGCUGUCUGUCAUGAUCAAACACGGUUUCGAUGUCAACCAGGCCACUGGAAGAAGCACACAUUUCAUGCAUGCUCUUACAUGUCUUAAAGAGACAGGAGUUACGGUUGGGGUUGUCAAGGCUAUGAUUCCUAUGAUUAAGGAUAUCGAUCAGCGAAACCCGGACGGCGACGAAACCGCUUUGAUGCAUUGGCUUUGUCCAUCCUAUUAUACCGAACAGAUAGGAGAGGCCCUUACCCUGGAAAUAACCAAAUUGUUGCUCGAUAAUGGCGCAAGCCUCUCUUCUCGAAACGAGCACAAGUUGACGCCACUUCACAUGGCAACUAUGUACUGCUACCCUUCGGUAGUAAAGCUCUUGGUCGACCGUGGAGCGGAAGUGAGUGCAAAGGAUGACUGGGGUCAAACAGCUCUCCACCGGGCUACGAGGUCUAUAUGUAGGGAUCCAGGAGUUGGCUUUUACGAUUACCCAAAGCAGCUCUCAAAUGCUGUAGAUAAAAUCGAGAUACUUCUAAAUGCCGAAGCAGACCCCAGGGCCAAGUCCACUGACGGUACAGUUGCUCUUAGCCCACUGGAUUACGCAUGGCACCGCCAUGCUUCGCUUAGAAGGAUGGUGGAGGUGUACACUGCCUCUGCUGAGAAGGGUGGCUACCCAGUAGACAUCCUCAAUUUCCUACGUCAAGCUCGACAUCUAUUGACGUCAUGUGCUUAUGAAAUGUGCGACAAACGCCCUCAAGGUGACGAAGUGAAGAUCGAAGAAUUGAAGAUGUCUUUUGAACUUCUUCUGGGAUAUGGAUUUGAUAUCAAUGAGCAUGACGCAAGAGGCAAAAGCUAUCUGGAUAUUAGCCUCAUAAAUGCUUCCAGUCGCCAAUACCAUGAUGAAGAUGCACCGUCAACGGAAGAAGAAUCUUGGUUGCUCAUGUAUUUUUUGAGCAAAGGUGCGGAUAUCAACGCUAUGAACGAUAGUGGCAAAACCAUUCUUGAUCGUACUCAGAGAGUUAGAUUGAGAAAUCUAUUGACCAAACAUGGGGCACUACCCGGGUCUCAGGUAAGAAAUUAA